UUUUAUUAUGUCAAAUAUUGAAGAAUUAGAUGAAUAUGAUAAAGAAUUUGAUCAAGCAUCGAUGCUAUUUUCUUUAAAAUUUUCUGAUAAUAUUAAUAGUAUAUUUGUCAAAGAUUUGUCAUUUUUUGAUAAUAUUAGAGGACCAAAAAUGGCAUCACCUUCAUUUAUCUAUAAUAAUAAUGAAACUGAAGAUAAUAAAAAUUUUUAA